AUGACGACCUCCGCGCAAGUGGCUAGCGGAAGCAGCAGUGUCGGUUUCGCACCAGCUCUUCGCACCUAUGAUGACGCAAUAGAUGCGCUGAACUCGCUACAGAGUAAUGCUGCCACCAUCGAAGCACUUCGCAAGUCGGGAGGGCGGCUGCUCGACUUUGCCAUCCCAGAGAUGGUGGAAUACUUGGAACGCAUCGGCUACAGCACAUCCGAUCUCAACCGGCUCAAUGUGAUCCACGUCACGGGGACUAAAGGCAAAGGCAGCACGUCUGCGUUCGUCGAUUCGCUGCUCCGACAACUGACACCGGCGGAAUCAUCUUCGAAGCCAAAGGUCGGACUGUACACAUCACCGCACAUGACGAGCGUCCGCGAGCGCAUCCGUAUCAACGGUCAGCCGGUAUCGCACGAGCUCUUCACCAAGUACUUUUGGGAGGUGUGGGACCGGUUGUCAGAGAAUCCUGAUCGCAAGUUCGACCUGACCCCACUGCGACCCGUCUACUUCCGCUUCCUGACGCUUCUUGCGUUCCACAUCUUCCUAUCAGAAGGUGUGCAGCCGGUCAUUCUCGAAGUCGGCAUCGGUGGAAAGUACGAUUCGACUAACAUUGUCCCCAAGUGUGUCGUUGCUGGUAUCACUCAGCUCGGACUGGACCACACGGCAAUUCUUGGCAACACGGUGGAAGAGAUCGCAGUGCAGAAGGCAGGCAUCUUCAAGCCCCAGGCUCCGGCUGUUUGCUGGGCGCAACAACCAGGCAAAGCGUUGGAUGAGGUCAAGAGGAUAGCAACCGAGGUCGGCGUGAGCGAUCUGCAGAUCGUCGAUGUACACCCUGCUCUGCGAUCAGAAGAGACUGCGCUGGGGACAAAUAACAGAAAUGCUGUGACCCUUGGCCUUCCAGGCGCUCAUCAGCGGACGAACGCAAGCGUCGCUUUGGAGCUGGUCAAUGCAUAUCUUGACUCGGAGGCGGGCCGUGCCAUGUUCAAGGAGACCUCGCAUCGGGCAUCGGCUUCGGCGGACAACGGCACCAGCUCGCUUACGCCAUGGCAAAGGAAGGGUCUGGAGGAUGCAAGGUGGCCAGGGCGAUGCCAGACGGUGCCGACCGCUCGGUCCGGUCUGGGACUGACUUGGUACUUGGACGGCGCACAUACCACCGACUCGCUGAGCGUCUGCCUCGGCUGGUUCACGGCACGUCAGCAGCGUCAAUCCACUGGACGAGCCAACAAGCGCAUCUUUGUGUUCAACUGCACUAACGGCCGUAGUGCGCACGAGCUGCUCUCGUCCGUCCUGGACACCGUGGAGAAGAGCCUCGGCGGCCAGAAUUCAUCUUCAACCGGCGAGUCGAGGUAUGCGCUAGCCAAGGACUACUUUGACGAAGUCAUCUUCACGACCAACAUCACGUUUGAAGGAGGCGGCUGGUCAUCGGAGCUGACAUCCAAGCUACUGGACGACAAAGAUCUGGUCAACCUGACGGUGCAGAACCAGCUGGCAGAGACAUGGAAGGAGCUUGUGCCCGGAUCUUCGACGGAAGUACGCAUCACACCUAGUAUCCAGGCGAUGCACAAUCAUGUGGUAGAGCUGGCACAAAAGGGUGGCGGUGUAGACUGCUUGGUGUCGGGAUCGCUUCACUUGGUGGGCGGCGUCAUGGCCCACCUGCAGCAGAGCGGGUGUCUGGACGACUCGCUCGUGUCGACGGUGCAGCCUUGA